UAGCAGCCAGUCAGCUGGAGUGGAGAAACGAUGCGUUGCUUUCGGCCUCAGACCAGUAAGAAAGAUCAUGGAGUGGAUAUGAGACAUGCGGCAAAGAGGCGCAUAGAAAAUCUAACUCUGCAACCCAGCAGAGAUGUUGUGGAUAGAGGGGAGAUGGAAAGUAAGCUCGGGGGGUAUACCCAGCAGCUUAGCAGGAUUAUGCGUCCAGAUGAUGCCAACUACGCAGGCAACGUCCAUGGUGGAGUCAUUCUGAAGAUGAUUGAGGAAGCUGGAUGCAUCAUUGGCACGCGCCACUGCAACACUCAGAACGAGGAGCGCUGUGUGGCUAUGCUGGUGCGGGUGGAGAAGACGGAUUUCCUAUCGCCAAUGUUCAUAGGCGAGGUGGCCCACGUCAACGCCGAGAUCACUUACGCCUCUAAGCACUCGGUGGAGGUGCAGGUCAAGGUCAUGGCAGAGAACAUACUGACUGGUACCAAGAAGCUGACCAACAAGGCGGCCCUGUGGUUUGUCCCCUGCUCUCUGCAGAAUGCCAACAAGAUCCUGGAGGUCCCCCCCAUCGAGUAUGCUAGUCCAGAGCAAGAAGAGGAGGGAAGGAAGCGAUACGAAGCCCAGAAGAAGGAGAGAUUGGAAACCAAAGAGAGGACCGAAAUGGUGGCAGCCCCUUUUUCCGGUCUAGAGCCGCACACGGUAGCCUUCAGCCAGUCCAGUCUGAUCUUUCUGGUGGGACCCGCUGACUGCCCGCUACAUGACUUUGUCAAUGGAGGUGUGACGAUGAAGGUGAUGGAUGAGGUGGCUGGAGUUGUGGCAGCACGGCAUUGCCGCACAAACAUUGUCACUGUCUCUGUGGACGCCAUAAACUUCCACAGCAAGAUUAAGAAAGGCAAUGUGCUGAUAGCGAUGGGGCGGUUGACGUUUACGAGCAACAGGUCCAUGGAGAUUGAAGUGGUAGUGGAUGUUUCCCCAGUGCUGGAGCCAGAGAAAGACAGACAUCGCGCUGCGUCUGCCCUCUUCACUUACAUCUCUCUGGACAAGAACAACAGACCUCAGCCUGUCCCUCCUCUGCAGGUUCAAGGAGAGGAGGAACAGAAACGAUUUGAUGAGGGCAAAGAACGCUAUCUCCAGAACAAGGCGAAGAGAACGGCAGAGAAGGCAGCCCAGCAGUAACACCAUGGCUCACUUUAAUUUUGACAGUCAUAACUGCAAUACAAUCAUACUGUAUAACACUUAAUAUAUGAAGGAAAAAUAAUAAAAACUCUUUCCUGUAGUAUCUAAAUUGUAGCUUCCUGUUACACCUGAGUUUCCUUUCAUUUUGGAAUUUAUUUUGUGCUGUGCACCAAAUUGUCGACAGCUUUUCCGUGUAUGUAAGAGAAUUUUUUAAUUUAGGUAUGAAGACU